AUGGACGAGAAGCAGCGGCAAGAUGAAUACGCGAGCAGUCGGGCCGACAGGCUCCCCUCCCUGCAAGAGGUACUCUCCAGGCGAACGCGUCCGCCGGUGGACCUUUUCAUGUUCUACCUUUUUCUUCAGCGUGAAGGCGCCGAGGAUAUCCUCGACUUCUGGCUAGAUGUCCAGCAGCACGAGAACCUCUGUCGCGCGUACUUCAAGGACAUUCGCAAGUCCGGGCGCAACCUGAAAGAAGAAUGGCCUGAAUACUGGGACUACGCUCGCCGACGUGGCUCCAUUUACGGCACCGUCGUCGGCAUGGGUGAAGCGAAGCGGAGUACGGGCAGCAUGGACCACCUCAUGACUGGCGACGACGAGAAGUAUCGCCCUCGCUCAACCUCGCCCCGCCCUGGCGCCAGCACCGCCCUUUCCGACCACACGCGCGUCGCGUCCGCGUCCCCCAAGAACGCGAACGACGACCCUCCGCGCUCCACCACUCCUUUCUCCUUAUCCGGCCGCACGCCUACCCUCUUCCACAAACGCGCCUCGCGCGCACCGACGAUCAUCCCCCGCUCGCAGGCAAUCACGCGCCAAAAUCUGAUCGCGUCCGCCGAGCGAAUAUACUACCGCUACCUCUGCCCCGCGACGACGGUCAGCUCAACGGAGAACCACGAGAUCUACCUCCCGCCCGCGCUCCGCAUCCACAGCUUCCCGCUGAGCUCGGCACACGAGCCGCGCUCGCCAGCGGAGAUGCAGCUCAUGGCGCAGAUCCCGGACAUGUUCCACGCGCAGAAGGAUUACUGCUUCCGCGCCAUGGAACAGGACGCGUUCCCGCGCUUCCUGCGCUCGAAGGCAUUCGGCAACCUCACGCCCGUCUCAUCCCUGGUGCGCCUCAUCGUCGGCCUGAUUAUUCUCUGGAUCGGUCUCGCGGUCGGGUUCUCGCUCAUCUUCCUGGAUGUGCACCCCAAGUCGAAGCGGUUCUUCCUCUUCAUACCAUAUACCAUUGCCAUCCUCUGCCUCAUCUCGCAUCAGUACGAGUUGGACCCUAUCCUGGUGUUCCUCGGCCAGUCGGAGACCACGCCGUUCCGCACCCUGCACAUCCGCGAGCCCUAUGUGCGCAAGCUGCUCCUCGGACGCGCCGUCUGGGUCAGCGCCCUCGUCGCGGCCUUCUCGACCGCGUUGACCAUGAUCUUCUGGGCCGUCCCCGGGCAUCGCCUAUAG